UCAGAGCGGCACCGCCGCCGCCGCCUCCGAGUCGGCCACGACUUCGACGAAUUUCAGUGUCGCGGCAACUACAGACGACUACGCAGUGCGCGCGAAAAACAGGUGCAGGUAGCACGAACUGAAAAUGUUCUCGUGCGUUACGCUCAGCGUUCUUCUCGGGACGCUGCUGAUAAUCACCGACGUUCCCGAUGCGGCCGCUUAUUCCAAAUACGGAAGAACCUGCCAGGACAUCGGCUGUCGCAGCGACGAAGUCUGCGUGAUGGCCGAGGAUCGCUGCGACCUUUACAAUGCGGACAAAUGCGGGCAAUAUCCGACAUGUCAGAAGACAAACGGCGCAAGUUGCACCAGUAAGGUCUGCGGGGAGAACGAGUACUGCAAGAGUGAAAAUGGUGUGCCGAAGUGCGUGCGGAAGUCCACGGUCUCAGAUGACAAAUUGUUUACAGAAUACGACGCAAUUGGGAGACAUGUAGUUGCGAAACGACAGGACGGUUACCCGACGGAAACCGAGACACGUGGGUCGCCGGAUACCGCUUCGAAAAGCUCCGAUGGCCCCGCUAGAUCCUCAGGAUAUCCGUCCGGCUCGGGAUAUAUUGCCAAUAGUGGCUAUCCAAGCUCCUCCAGAACUUCCGACCCAACCUCGACCAGUCAUUCGCAGCCCAAUAACCCAUCCAGUGGGUCAUCCGGCUAUCCAUCAAGCGGAUCAUCCGGUUAUCCAUCCAGUGGAUCAUCCGGCUAUCCUUCUAGUGGAUCAUCCGGUUAUCCGUCUAGAGGAUCAUCCGGUUAUCCGUCCAGUGGAUCAUCCGGCUAUCCUUCUAGUGGAUCAUCCGGUUAUCCAUCUGGUGGAUCAUCCGGUUAUCCAUCUGGUGGAUCAUCCGGUUAUCCAUCUGGUGGAUCAUCCGGUUAUCCUUCUAGCAGAUCAUCCGGUUACUCAAUUACAUCCAGAAGUGGUUCCGGUUAUCCAACAGGAUCCGGAUAUCCGGGUGGUUCUUCGGGAUAUCCAGAUAAUUCGAGGAAUCCGCACGGCGAGGAAUCUGUCAGGCGAACAGACGUUAGCACUGUAAACGCCGGCAAUCCGCGGCCAUCCGGAUAUCCGCAGGAGAAUCCCGCGCAUCGCGGUAGCAGCUAUCCGACUCAAAACGCGGCUUAUCCUUCCUCAGGCAAUCCGUACGGUAAUCAGCAUCCUCCGCAGCCUAAUCAAGGCUAUCCUCAAGGAUACCCGCAGGGGUAUCCGCAGGGAUAUCCGCAGGGUUACCCACAAGGAGGCUAUCCGCAGGGAUAUUCACAGGGAUAUCCUCAGGGAUAUCCACAGGGAGGACCUCCUCAAGGAAGAUAUUAUCCGGGCCCGAAUUACGUAACGACCACCAGGCGACCUGGCUUCCAAGAUCAACUGACGAACUUUGCGCGGAACAUAGCGGAAAGGGUGCUGACACAAACGAUAUUGGAACGUGUCGGCGGGAGGCGUCAAAAUUGAGAAUCUCAACGUCUCGUUUUUAGAAAAGAAUCUCGGUGAAGGUGUUUUCCCGGAAAUCCACGCGAAAACACAAAGCGCUUUCACCGUUCCAUCGUAUCGUUGGAUCCGCCCUUAGAGCGUUUCCUAUGCGUGUGACCCCCCGAGGAAGGAUUAAUUAUUGUUGUAUAUUUUUGCUUCCAUAUGGUUUGUUAUCGUAUUUUAAUAAAAUUACUGUUAAUCCCA